AUUAUCCUCUCCGUGUGAGAGAGUAAACCUAGUAAUGCUCUCAGUAAUCUGGCUGCAUCCUGCUAGUCUCGGAGCUCUGGUGACUUGAUACAAAUAGCCUAACCAAAACACUGUGAGGAGAUAAUGCCAGCAAUGAGCCGACAAGCAGGAAGUGGAUGCUCACUCACAGAUCUCGGCGAAAAUGACUUGGACCAUCUUCGUUUUGAACUUGCAAAGACAGAGGAUGAGAUUCAGACCCUGAGACAGGUUCUGAUGGCCAAAGAAAAGUAUGCAGCAGACAUCCGGAGGCAGCUGGGAAUGAGUCCUGUUGACAACCUCAAACAAAACCUGUCUAAAGGCUGGCAGGAGGUCCAGACCUCAGCCCCAUAUCUUGCAGCCUCCUCCACGCUGGAGGACAUCAGCCACUCCAGUGUAUAUGUGAGGACUCGAGAUGGUUUCUCUCAAGCGGGCCAGAUUACGUCUGCUGUGCUGUCCAAUGUGGGCGAGGUCAUUACCAGGAGAUUGGCUCAGAUGAGAGCGCUUCCUCUUCCAAGCCCCCCACGCAACCUGAGUCACACGAUGAGUGUUCCAACUAUGAGACAUUCCUCUACGUUCAGGUCUUUUGAGGAAAUGGUCGGCAAUGUAAAGGAUAAGGUGACUGGAGGUCUGUCGAGUAACGGAGACACCUCUGGGUUUGAAAGAAGAUACACACGCAACCCAACAUAAUGAGAUGAGCUCACCUUCAUCAUUUAUAAAGAGUGAUGUUUUGAUUUAUCUCUGUGUGACUCUGCUCAACACUGUCUGAGCAUCAUAGUGGUCUGUGUGGUAAUGAAACGUGUUUGGACACACCAGUGCUGUAGAUCCAUCUUCUGAAAACCGCCAUGAUUAAAAGUAUUUUUCUAAUGUGAAUUUUUCCUAUUAAAGGCAUUAGAAUAUG